AUGUCAUUCUUUCCAAUUCGUCGUUAUCGUGUUUACGAUGAUCCAUUAGAUCGCUUUUUUGGUGAUCAACUUGAUUUCUUUGAUCCAUGGCGUGAUUUUGAUACAUUUCCAACAGCUCUUGCUACUCGACCAAAUGCUUUUCGAUGGGUUAAUGAACCUUUACGACUAACACAUCAUCAUCAUCAUCAUCAUGGUGCUCAGCCAACAUUAUCAACACCACAUCCAGAAAAAUUUCGUGUACAACUUAAUGUUGCUGGAUUUAAUCCAGAAGCAAUCAAAACUAAAGUUGAAGGUCGAAAAGUAAUUGUUGAAGCUAGACAAGAAGAUCGACAAGAAGAUGGUGAUUUUAAUAUUCGAGAACUUCGAAAAUCAUAUGAACUUCCUGAACAUGCUGAUGCAGCUCAUUUGGCUUCAUAUGUAACACCAAAUAAUAUGUUGGUUGUUGAAGUACCAAUUAAAAAUCCUGAAGCUGAACGUCGACUUGAACAAGCAAGAAGCGAUGAUCAAAGAUUAGCACAAUUCGGUGAAUUUCUUGAUCCAUUGUUUGAUUAUGCUGGAUUUUUAGGUGGUUCAGAAUUCGAACCAAGUAUUGUUGACAAAGGCGAUAAUAAAAAACAAUUAGAAUUAACUCUUGGAAUGAAAGAUUAUAAACCACAAGAAAUCAAAGUAUCAGUUAAAAAUAAUGAACUUAUUGUUCAAGGUGAACAUCGACAUAAAGAUGCCAAUCGUUCUGAACGAUCAUUCUUCUUCAAAUCAACAACACUACCACCUGGCACACAAGUUGAUCAUCUUGAAUCUCAUUUAACAGAGGAUGGUCAAUUAAAAAUUGAAGCACCAUUUAUUGAACAAAAGGAAACACCAAAACCAAUUGAAUCAGAGAAAACACCAAAAUCAGCAGAGCCACAGAAAGCACCAAAACCAGCUGAAGCUGCGAAGAAGGAAGGUGAUAAAUAA